AUGAGUGGGGAUCCAGGCUAUACUUCAGCUAUGCUGGUCACUGACCGUUACUCUGGCUAUAUCUGGGACUAUUAUCUUCCCGAUCGAACUGCACCAACGCUUAUCGGUGCACUUGAGCAUCUACUCAGAACACUGGAGCAGCAACUCCAGUGUGGGCCUGAAGUCAUCGAGUGUGAUAACAAGAUCCCGGAUAGUCACCAGGUAAGUAACUUCCUCAGUAUCAAAAACGGGAUGCGCCUAGAGCCCUCCGCGCCAUAUGCCCAAAGUCAAAACGGCGGCGCAGAGCGCUCGGGGGGUAUGAUCAAGGAGAAAGCUCGCGCGAUGAGAAUCGGAGCAAAGCUGCCUUCGUUCCUUUGGGUUGAGAUCUGGCGUGCUGCCGUAUACCUAUACAAUAGGACACCCAAGUAUAUCUACAAUUGGAAGACGGCAUAUGAGCGUUUCUACACUUACUUUGCCUUUAGGGACGGCGUGGUUGUCACGGAGCGUAAGCCCGAUCAAACACACCUACGCGUGUAUGGCUGUAAAGCCUUCGCGAUGACGACCGAUGCUUUGAAAAAGAAGAAUCAGCGACAACGACUCAAUCCCCGAGGGUGGAUAGGAUACCUGGUCGGUUACAACUCGACAAAUAUCUACAGGGCUUGGAAUCCGUUGACCAACAAGGUCAUCUCCACCAGAGAUGUGAUCUUUAACGAGAAGGAGACGUUCUCUGGGGAUAUCCAACACCUUAGGGAUGACCUGAGAGAACUCAGUGAGGAAGAGCUUAUCCAGCGCCUCACCGAGGCCGAGGUCCCACAGGGAUCCAGCAUCAAUCUGGAUGUGUCAACCCGAGAAGAAGACGAGGAACUCAGCGCCUUGCCAGAGGGACUAGCGUUUGAGCGGGAGGCUGCAAGUCAUCCACCUGAAGGGUUGGAACGCGAUCUGACGAUCACGCAGGGUGAGACUGGCAGGGUCUGA